UAUGAAUCGAUGUGAAAAGAGCGCUAUAUUUAUUUUUCUAAAAUUAUCUGUGCAAUUUUCCUAAAAAGUUUCUAUUUCCUAUUAUUGAGUCAUGGUAUAAUAAUAUAUUAUUUGACAUAAUUCUUCCAUUUGAUCACAUGAGAAAGAUGGCAAGUGGAUCUAGAGGAUUGUUUGAAGAGUUUAUAGUGGACACGGAACAAGUAUCACAGAUCACUCGCGCGAAAUCAAAAAUUGAAAGGAUGCACGAAGUUAGAAUUAAGUUGAAAGAAGAAGCAAAACUUGACGCUAGUAGCAAACGUUGGAUACGAGUAGAAGGCGACGUGAGAGAUAGAAUGAAUGCCAGGGAAUACAUCAUUGCAAUGUGUCAACCAUGUGAAUUAUACGAACUGCCUUUUAAUGAUAAAUCUAGAGAAUUUUUACAUGAAGAUAAUUUAGAAGAAAUUGAAAAGCAAACCAACGCUUGUAUUGAACUUGGUGAUUUAAACAAAAUACAGAUUAAAGGAACUGAUUUAGCAGUCACACUUGCAAUAUCUUCCUUAGAAAAUAUAAUUGGCCAGUCAAAUAUAGAAACAGAUGGGGUUAUUGAUUCUGAAAAUGAUACCAACAAAGGUGCCAUUGCUGGUCCUCCAUCUGAUUGGGAGAAAAGAUUAGACAGUACAUUUCUCAGAGCUUUGUCUAAUGCAAGUGAUGGUUCAUGUAAAUUUGACGAUUACCAUAAUACUUCUGCAGAAGUAAAAAUGGCUAUUUUAAAAACUUUAAACAAUGAAUUAAGUGAUAAUGUUGAUGAAAAUGAACUGUUUGACCAUAGUGGGAAACAAAAGUCAGCUGGUGCCACUUCUCUUCAUCCGAUUCAUAUCUAUGGUGAUGAUGACCUAAGAGAUGUUACAGAUAGUGAUAAUAUACAACCUGUGGAUACAAUAUCAGAACAGCUGACAGAUACAGUUAUAUCACCAAGAAAACCAUCUUCUAAAUCAAUUGACACUGAAGAAGUUAAAUUUUUAAGAAAUUUUGGAACAUCAGCGGGAUAUUCUGAAGAAAUAUUAGACGAAGGUUUAUUGUAUGUUGAUGAUAAAACAGCUCCAAGUGAAUUCCUUGACAUACUGAAACAAUUAAAAGACAAUAAAAAGCCAAAAAAUGAUGAAGAAACACCAAUGGAAAUCUCAGACGGGACUCCAAAUAAGUCUUCAGCCUUUCCACCACCCCCUCAAGUACCAGAAGGAGAUCAAGGUCGUAGAAGUUUGCCUAAAGAAUACAAGAAGACUCUUAUGAAACACAUGAGAGCUGAAGAAGAUGGAGAAAUGUCUGUUGAUGAACUUAAAAAGUUAAAUGAAGAGCGUCAAAAAAUUCUAAAAACCCAAUUUGAAAGUCCUUCUAAACAAAACUCACCUAGGGGAGAGGGUAGUCGCAGAAAGAAAAAAAAUCGGAAGAAAAACAAGAAAGUUGGUCAAAAUAAUAACAUUGUUUCUAUAGAAAAAGACAAAAAAAAUGAUGAGGAUGAAACAAGUGUAUUAGAACCUUAUGAGAGUAGUUCUGAGGAAGACUGUAUGAUCAUGGAUGUUGAAGAGCCAUCUCUACCUGUUUACAUCCAAACUUCUUCUCCUCGUCAAGUAAAUAAUUAUCCUCAAAAACAGAGGCAGCCUAUAGGUCCUCAACCUUCUUCUCCUCGUCAAGUAAAUAAUUAUUUUCCAACGCAAAGGCAGCCUCUUGGUCCAGCAGAUAAUUAUGCUAGGAAUCAUUUUCCUGUUAACCCUCCUCAACGUCAGGAGCCACCAUCUGGUCCAAGAGAAUUACGCUAUAUUGUUAUAGACGGUAGUAAUGUGGCUAUGCAUCAUGGACGAGGAAAAAUAUUUUCCUGCAAAGGAAUACAGUUAUGUGUUGAUUACUUCCUUAAACGUGGUCAUACAAAGGUAACAUGUUUUGUUCCUGCAUGGAGGCGAUAUAGACCUAGACAUCAGAACCCAAUAUCUGACCAGGAUAUACUUGUAGAACUAAAUGAGAGGGGUCUUCUGGAGUUUACUCCGGCCAGAAGAUUGGAUAAUAAGCUGAUCAGUUCUUACGAUGAUAGAUACGUGGUAGAGUUGGCGGAAACAGUAGAAGGAAUCAUUGUAUCUAACGAUCAGUACAGAGAUUUAAUGGGUGAAAAAUAUAGUUGGAAAAAAAUCAUUGAAGAAAGAUUACUCCAGUAUAAUUUUGUUGGUGAUAUAUUAAUGAUACCAGAUGAUCCUCUUGGUCAGCAUGGACCCAAAUUAGAUUUAUUCUUGUCAAAACCAUCCAGACAACCAUCUCCAUUAAGAAAAAGACAUUUAUCACCUAAAGGGGCAACGGGUCAUCAGAAUAUGUGGAAUCAACCACCCCCUCCAUUACAACAAUAUCCUCCCCCAUUAAUGGGCAUGCAACCAUCAUUGUUAGGACCCCUACCUAACACAAACUGGCAGCAACCAAAUCAGUAUCAGGGACAACCUCAAGGACAGAAUAAAACUUUUCCUUGGAAUAAUCAGGGACAAGUUCAAAACCAAUUUCAAACAAGGAAUCAAGGACCGUAUCAAAACAAUUCAAGAUUCCAAGGAGUAGGACAAACCAUGCCAGUUCAAAACAAAUUUCCUAAUCAAUCCCCCAAGAAAAAGAAGGGUGUGUGCAAUCAAAAACAAUCAAGGCCUCUAAGGACCAAAGAGAAAACUCAAGAAGUUCUAAAGGAUUUAAAGGAUAUUUUUCCAGAGUCAGAACCGAAAAUUUUGGAAGUGAUUGAUAACCAUCCAUCAGAAACGGAUUUAACAAGACUGUCAAAUUAUGUGAUAAAUGCAUUGGCUAAAUGAUCACUCUAAUUCAGGAUUCUUUACUUUUAUAUAUAUUCCAUUUUUUUCAUAUAUCAAUGAAAUCUGUGAUAAGACCAUAUAGAAUUAAAGAAUAACUUUUCAUGCUUACUGUCUUAAAAGUGAUUUUUAAAAUUUUCAAAAUGAUUUUUUAUGCAUAUAUUCUGCCAUAUAUAUGAGAGGAAUAAUAUGAAAUGACUGAUAGAUCAUUUCAACAUUCUUUGAUAAAGAUAGUGAAAGUUUCAUUAAAAUUUUACUUAAAAAGAAAAAUGUAUGCUAUUCCCUGUCUUUCCAAAAAAUAAUUGAAAUUCUUGAUAUUUUUCUGGCUGGGGUCUACAAGAACUUACUUUUUAAGCUUAUUUGGCCUAUAAGUUACAUUCAGGUAAGGCUGUUCCCAAAUCAAACACACUGGGGCAUAGGAGGCAUUUAUUUGUUUACCACAGUCACAGAUAAUAUAUACAAUUUUCAUUUCACUAUGAAUACUUUAGUAAUUCUAACAAAACUUUAAGGAAAAUGCAACCACCUGCAAUACAUUAGUUAACUUUCUCUGCCUCCCAUCCUCUCUCAAAAUCAAUUUUGGAACAGCUCUUAUAUAAGUUCAGCUGUCAAGUAGGUUGUGUUUUU